AUGUCAGUAUUCUCUGACUGGGAGAAGAUGGUGUCCUCACUCCGGGCGAUGUGGAUGUUCAAGGAUGGGGUGAUUAUUUUCUGCACACCAUUCCUCCUCCUCCCGCUACCUCUGCUGAUCAGAACCACGGUAUGUGCCAAAGUUGUGUAAUGGAUUUAUUCCAGGGGUCCCUACCUCCUCUUGACACCAGCUAGGCCUACUCUUUCUGCUUUCUACACCAAGAAUAGGUUAUCGGAAUGACGAUUUAAAAUAUUUCACUAGCAGCCUACUAGUAGUCUAUCGUCUUUUUAGAUAUUUCAUAAAUUAUGCAUUAUUAUUUUGUGCACCUGACGCAUGUUGAUUUUGGCGUAAAUAUGUAUUUAGGCCUAGUUUCCCAACGCACACACUGGCGUUUUUCAUUACAGAAAGAAUCUCAAAGACUUGAAAAUAAAAAUAAACAAGCGUCAAAUAAAACAUGUAGCUACAUAACAGAGAGUAGGUCUGGACUACGACAAUUGUCACCUAGAGUUGAACGUUUUGACUGUCGCCUCCUACAGAUGGGGCGACAGUCAAGAGGGAUCCACAUAGUUUGAGCAAGGGGGGGGGGGGGGGGGGGGGGGGGGUUAGCUGGACCUUUGUAGAAUUUUGACUCAUUUUGAGUCAGACAAAAUCUUGUGUUCUCUACUCCAAGAACCUAGUUAGAUUUUAGUACAUUUUCUUUGAUUAAUCUCUCCUCUUCAUAAUUCUUCUUCUUCUGUGGAUUUUAUAUGGCGGUUGGCAACCAACUUUAAGGUACAUUACCGACACCAACUGGACUGAAGUGUGAACCUCAUUCAUCUUUCAAUCACCCAUGUGGGUUUAUGCUCAUAAAAACCAAUGAGUAGAUGGGAGAGGUGGGACUUGCAGCGUGUCAACCGUCUAAAAUAGAACCAAGUUCUAUUUUAGCGACUGGCAAUGCAGACGCCGUUGGCACGCGCAAGCAGAUUGGAUGAAAUGAUUGUGUAUGUGUACAUUUAUUUUGCAACACUCGAGCACACAAUGUGGCCGGUUUGGUCAGCAUGUAACUUUCAGAGGGGCACAAGGUCAGGACCUGGCAUGACACAUUCCUUCAGCUUGCGCCCGAGGUUAAUGUGGUGCUGAGCUCUCUUGUCUAACCCUUUGUUGUUGUUUUAACGACAGAGCUGUCCCGCUAACCUAUCAUGGAAACUACCGCUUUUGCGCUUGCUGCAGCAUUCAAGCGAUCUAGGCGCACUGGUCUUUCAACCGUGGAUAACAUGAGGACUAUAGAGUUCAAAAGUUUGUAGAGCAGAGGAGCUUCACACAGAGAUAAAUAAAUGCUUAAGUUAAAUACAUAAGCCUACUACACCAAAGUGCUAGUUCCAAUUAGACUACAAAAGUUGCAAACGUGUAGUUACCAAUUUGGUUCAGUGUGCCAUCAUCAGUGCUGAUGACCCAUCAUCAGUGUUGAUAUAGUCGGUGAUUCCCAGAAAUAUCCAUAGAGAUAUGUGGAAUCUGAAAAACAUCCCAGAUCCCACACUGACUGACUGGGUCACCCUGGCAACUGGAUCUCAGGGGUCUCCACAGCAGGUACCAUCCCUAUGUAACUUUAGUAGAAGGCCCAGCUGGGCCCUUUAGCUAAAUACAUAUAUCAGAAAAAAUACACAGAGCGAAGACUUUUGGUUUGGGAGAGAGUGUGUUAUUGUCACCUGACCAUGCUUUCUCCUGCUGUGCUGACAGACAGUAGACCAAUUUUAGGUAUUAGGCCUACUUAGUAACCUAGUCUUGUGAGAGUGACAUAAAGCCUAACCUGCCCCAGGAGGUCUUAUACCCUGUAAGCUCAGUGUUUCAGUGCCAGGGCAUUGAAGAGGGAGGAAACAUUUCCUCAUCACACCAUAGGGUGUUGAAGUUCAAGUUUACAUUACUUGAGAAUCACGAAUUCAUAUCACAGAUCAAUAUUGAUACAAUGACACCACCAGACACACAGAACACCGCGUGUUAAUGUGCUUCAGUUCUUUCGUGUGUGUGUGGGUGUUUGUCCUUUUGACCUCUAGAAUAUUUGGGUUCUCUGUACUUCUAUAUGGAUCUAAAUCAAGUAUUGUAAAUGUGUGUGUUGCAGGAGGCAGGCUGUGCCUAUGUGAUAGCCCUGAUGGCAGUGUACUGGUGCACUGAGGUACUGCCGCUGGCUGUGACUGCUCUCCUGCCCGCUGUCCUCUUCCCUCUGUUUGGCAUCAUGGAGUCCAAGCAGGUACGCUUCCCUCACACAUGCACGCACACACACACACACACACACACACAAACACACAUGCUCACACACAAAGACAAUCUCUCACAAAUGUGUGUAUCAGGUGUGUAUGCAGUACCUGAAGGACACCAACAUGCUGUUUGUGGGCGGGCUGAUGGUGGCUGUUGCCGUGGAGACAUGGAAUCUUCACAAGCGCAUUGCCCUCAGAGUUCUACUUGUUGUGGGGGUGCGGCCUGCCCUGUGAGUAGCACAUCACAGGUGUCUGUCUAUCAAUUGUUCAAGUAUCAAAUCAGGAUUGUCUGCAAAAUUCAAGAACAUGUAAGCCCACUGAGCUAAAGCCUUGCAUUCUUUCCUCCUUCUCCACUUCCUCUUUUCUUUCUCUGAUACACCUUCCCCUCCUCCGCUGUCCCCACCAGUCUAAUGCUAGGGUUCAUGGGUGUGACAGCGUUCCUGUCCAUGUGGAUCAGUAACACAGCCACCACAGCUAUGAUGGUCCCCAUUGUCCAGGCUGUCCUGGAGCAGCUCAACAGCCCACGAAAGGGGGAGAACACCCUGCACACCCCUCAGAGCCAGGAGAAUGGUACGACUACUGAGGAAAAACUGGAGAACAGUUCGACCCCACAGAACACACUUAAGAUCCAGGACAAUCACAUCCCACUGGAGAAACCAGCCUCAAAAGAUAAACUGGACUCCCCAGACAAACUAGUUCCUCAGGACAACUCUCUGACUGAUGGGAAGCCAGGUGAGGUGCAGGGCACUGGGCUGGGGUCUGGGUGAGGCUGGAGCACUACUUUCUCACCAAUACACCAUAACACAGUUAAAUGGCGAUUUCCAACAAUUAUAGACAUAGGCUAAAUGUAUAUAGGCAACAGGCAAACUAUAGCCUGCCUAGCUAACAACUUUGGCCUUGACCUCUUGGUGGUCCUGAUUCCCAAACUUCUUUAAUAUAUAGUGGUUUUGUCUCCCCCUUCCUCUCUGUAUACAGUGGUAGUGUCCAUGGUCUUGAAGGAAGGGACUGAAGCAGAGGAGCAGGUUGGGGAGGAAGAGGAGGAGAAGGAGAGGAUGAAGAUGUGUAAAGGCCUGACGUUGUGUGUGUGUUACGCUGCCAGCAUCGGAGGCACUGCCACUCUCACUGGCACCGGACCCAACCUCGUCCUCACAGGGCAGAUGAGCCAGUAUGUUCCUCUCUCUCUCUCACACUCACACACACACACACACACACACACACACACACACACAGACACGCGUACCUCUCACAGACACACACCUCACAAAUGUUAGUGCAUGUAUAUCCCAUAGCUAUGAACAUAGAUAUGGGGGUCUGAACAUAUCAUGUUGAUCAACUGACAUUUGAUGUUUGACAUUUUUGAGAAGUUAUGUUCUUAACAGAAACCCAAUGUCAGACUCUUCCCUCAGAACGGUGACGUGAUUAACUUUGCCUCGUGGUUCGCCUUUGCCUUCCCCACCAUGUUGCUAAUGCUAACACUGGCCUGGCUCUGGCUCCAGCUCGUCUUCAUCGGCUUCAAGUGAGUGACCUGGCAAGAGCAUCACAGGCACUACUUUAACUCUACUCUCUCCUCUCUCUCAGUUCAACCAUGACAUGAUAUCUGUAAAGGUUUGCAUAGGCAAAAUAGGGGUAAUAUGUCUCUCUCACUCACUCUGCUUCUUAUCUGACCUAUUAUUGUAAAUAAUCUCUCUUUCACUCAGUUUGUCUUUCUCUCACCCCCUUCUCUUUUCCUCCCCCAGUAAUUUCUCUCAUUCCUGUCACCCCCUCCUCCUCUCCAGUCUGAAGCGUACGUGGGGCUGUGGUGCUGUGCAGUCAGAGAAGGAGCGUGCAGCAUAUGAUUUGAUCCGUGAGGAGCAUCGUCGUCUGGGACCCAUGUCUUAUGGAGAGCUUAGUGUCCUGGGGCUCUUCAUCCUGCUGGUGGUGCUUUGGUUCACACGAAGCCCAGGCUUCAUCGACGGAUGGGCAACCCACGUCUUCAACGCCAAGGCAGAGUAUGUAACACACACACACCACAGUGAAAUACUGUACACACCAUACAUACUCAACCACACAGACACACAAAACACUAGCAGGUGGAAAUAUGCAAACACAUGCACAGUAACACAAGCCUGAUCUGAUCUGAAGGAUAGGUGAACUGAGUUGUCUUUAGACCCAGAACCUUCCAUUAGACCAAGUGUCAGGACACAGGAAACAGGAGAAAACAAACACAGAUGGACAAAAUAUGUCAUUCUGUGUUGCAUCAAUACACGUGUUCUAAACUUUGACACACAAAAACACACUCUCACCUGCACACACACACACUGUAACCAGCACACACAGAGUCCAGGAAACAUGAUCUCACUAGAGUGAAUGAGAGAGAAAAGCACACUUCUUUAUGACAAACAGAUCGAUGGGCAGGAGAGGCACACACUACGUUUUGGGCAAUUCCACGGUAACGGAAUUAUGCUUUGACUCAGAUUAACUUUCAAAUGUAUGCCAAACAAAAACCAUUGAUUUCAAAGUUUAACAAACCAUACAACUUUAUGCACAAGGACUUCUUUGUACAAUUUACACAGAACAUUUCACAAAAACACAUUUACUGGAAGUCCGGUGCAGAUGCAAACAGUAAACUCUCCCUCAGUUUUUUAUGCAACCACGUUUUCCAAAAACUCUGUUAAAGCAGCAAUAUUUAACUUUUUGGGCUACCCCACCAAAUUCACAUAGAAAUGUGAGUUAUAGAUCUGUCAUUCUCAUUGAAAGCAAGUCUAAGAAGCGGUAGAUAUGUUCUAUGUGUGCUAUUUCUAUUCUUCCCCUACUUAAGUUUCGUUUUUGCGUCUUUUACUUUCGGUUUUGUACACCAACUUCAAAAAGCUGAAAUUACAGUAUUUUGGGUUAUUGAAAAUAUAUUUCACAGCGGUUUAGAUGGUACAAUGAUUCUCUACACUAAACAUUGCUUGUUUUGUCAAAUAAAUGGAGAGAUGGUGGAGCGAUUUCUGAAUAUUGCACCUUUAAAUAUCUGCUCCGAAUUAAGAUUCAAAGAUGCCUGCAGAAAGAAUAGGGUGUCAGCUAUGACAUGACACCUUGAGUAAAAAAUAAUAAUAAUUGGGUUAUUGAACUACAGUAGGUGAAGUUGAUUUACAUCCAGUAACGAAAUUUCGGUAACGGAAUUACAUCAUGAGUCCAUGAUCUGUACCAUACAGGAAUUAAUAUCAUUCUCUUCAUGUUGACGUAUUCUGAAUAGGUACACAAAGGUAGAAAUAUGCUAUUUAUAUUUUUUUGCAUAUUUGGGUAUUAGUCCACACACUGGCUUUGAUUGUAAUGAGCUCCGGCCCCAAACAAGACCACAUUUGGUUGGUCCGGACCAGACCAAAUCCUAAAACAAUCAUACAUCUGUUUCACAAGUUUGGAAACAGAUGUACAGUACAGUAAAGUAGAUAUGUUCAGUACAGUAGAGUACAGUACAACACAGUACAUUAUAUUGUACUCUACGCUAGUGUGCUCUACUGUAGUGUACAGUACUGUUCUCUACUUUUCUUUACUGUACUGUUCUGUAUUGUAAUGUACUGUUCUCUGCUGUGCUCUACUGUACUGUGAUGUCCAAACUUGUGAAUCAUAGACGUCUAUGAUUGGUUCAGAUCUGGUCCGGACAGGGCGGAAUGACCAGAUUUCAACUACUUUUCAACAUCCAUGGACGUCCGGUGUCGGUCGGUGCUCAGUGGGUAAGGAUGCUUGUUCAAGUAAAUGGAAAUAGGGUAGGUGGUAGGGUGUCAUGGUAAGUGUCAGUAAGACCCAGGAGAGGUGGCAUUACCUGGAGAGAGAGAGAAGAGAGAGAGGGAGAGAGCGGCAGAGAAAGAGAGCGGGAGAGUUAGAGGGGGGAGGGGUUGUCCAGACUUUUUUCACGGUCUUGCUUUGACCACCAGACGACAGAAAGAUAAAUCAAAUUUGUUAUGAGCUGAACAUAACAGUGUGCCAGACUAGUAAUAGGUGAACCAACUGUGGUUUGUGACAAAGAUUAUUUCCCAUUGGAGCCAGUUCAAUUGCAUCAAUUCUGUUACAGCUUUUUUGGUAAUUCUGUUACCAAACUACGAGUUUUAAUCACUUAAUAAUUCAUAAACUUGAUAGCAGUAAAAAACAUUAUAACUAUUUGGUAGGUCUACCUUUACAUGUUACUUCUGUGAACUUUCUCAUGAGGGAGAGAAAUAACAAAAAUAUCUUAAAGAUACUGUAUGUGGGUUUUUGGUAACGGAUUUACAAGGCACAAGGCAAUGUUUCUUAAUUUUACAGAAGGCAAAUCAUUUCAUAUUAGUUGCCAAGGGUCUUUACUUCAACAUUAUUGUGUUUUCAUAUAUUUCUAAUUCCUUUUAAGAGUUUUUCUCGUAGAUGUUUUCUAAGACGCCUUUUCUAUCUGUUUGACCAGACAUCAACGACUUCGCUUAUUCCUAAUUUUUAGGAUGGAAAAUGGUUGGAAAAUGUAUAUAUGCCUUAAUUUCUCAAAAAUAUAGACUCUUAGCUUUCAUUUGACAUGCAAUGUGACAUGCUCCUAUGAACUUCACAUGUUGGUGCUCAUGGGUCCUUUUAGAUGGAAAUGACCUUCUCUUUUCUGGUCAUGUGACCUCCCUAACACAUAGGGCAUAUGUGACGUCUGUCAAUUUAUGAAUUGGCACAUCACCAUGGAAACACUUGUUGAUUCUAACAGAAUCCUGGAUCAAACUGGGGCUAUGGUCAUCAAACAUGCUCUGUCCUUUACAUCAAUCCACUCUGUCAUCACAUUGUCAUUGGGUCAGAAUUAGUUAGUGUUCAAAAAAGGAUUGGAGGGCCCCUCCCCGGCCUCCCUCUGCACCUUUUCCCAACUCCUAACCCCUAUAUUCCCCUACCCUGCUGCCCCCUAACCCCACACAGUCUGACCCCUAACCUCUAACCUCUCCUCUCCCCUCUCCAGGUUUGUGACUGAUGCCACAGUGGCAGUAUUUGUUGCCGUGCUGCUGUUCGUCUUGCCCUCUGAGCCCCCCCGCUACCUCUGCUUCUGGAGAACACAGCGCUUUGACACAGGUGAUACACGCACACGCAUUCAUAAACACACACACACUCACACUGUAGACCAGUGGUUCCCAAACUAGGGGUCGCGACCCGCCUGAUAUGAAAAUGGGUUCGCAGGAGAAUUUCCAAAAUCCUGAAAAAAAAAAUAUCAAAUUCAACAAGAGCGCGCCCUUAGAUCAUGGGAAAAGGCCACACUUGACCAUUGCACUUGAAUCAUUCCCACGGUGAAUGGCUAGGCCCGCUACGCUACAAAACCAAACACUAUUGCAGAGACUUUGAUAUUACCGGCCGCAAUUGAUAUGGUGAAAACAAUGUGUGAGGAGGCAGAAGCACAGAAACUCACAUCAAUAUCUUUGUCAGAUAACACUGUUAAACUGUCACGGUUUUCUAAGCCAGAAGCCAGAAGCAGACCAGGACAAGGUGAGUUGAACGAAGGUGAGUAUUUAUUAACAGAUCCAAAAAACGAUGCAGAAUAAUCCAGGGAACAGAGUGGGUGGCGGAGAUGAGUUGGUGGAGGUGAAGUGGCAGAUCCAAUGAUGGCUCGGCAGCCGCUGACAACCAGGCAGGGGUUGGGUGAAGGUUCCGGGAGAAUGACUGUAGACAGAAACAAACGGAGGUAAGUACACGGCAAGCCAACAAGGUGCAAAACAACAAAACUAACGCUAGUAACUCAGAGGCUGAUACGCUGACAAACAUACUGUUCAUGGCUAACGAUCCGGCAGGGAAUGGAUGUCAGGUCAGAGCUUAUGAAGGGUGAUGAUCAGGACCAGGUGUGCCGAUAGCUGAUGAGAUGCAGGUAAUCGGGAGAUCUCCCGCCUAGCAACGUCGCCCGGCAACCAGGCAGGGAGCGUUCAAGAACCUUCAGGAAACAGGAGAUUCAGAGCAGAAAAACGGCAACACAGGCAGGAACCGACUCAGGGUUCAUGACAGUACCCCCCUCCGACGAACGCCACCGGGCGGACUACCCGGAGCGCCAGGAUGGAGGCGGUAGAAGUCACGAAGGAGGUCAGCAUCAAGGAUCUGACGCCGAGGAAUCCAACUCCUCUCUUCAGGACCAUACCCCUCCCAGUCCACGAGAUACUGGAAACCCCGGCCCCGCCAUCUGGAAUCCAUAAUGCGGCGCACCGUGUAGGCAGGACCACCUCCGAUCAUCCGAGGGGGAGGAGGAGGAGGCGGAGGGGGCAACAGAGGACUGAGGAGAACAGGCUUGAGGCAGGAGACAUGAAAGGUGGGAUGGACUCUGAGCGUUCUAGGUAACUUGAGUCGAACCGCAACAGGAUUGAUCACUCUCUCCACCACAAACGGACCAAUGAACUUCGGUGACAGUUUCUUAGACUCAGUCCGCAGGGGAAGAUCCCGUGUAGCCAACCAGACCCUAUCUCCGAUGGAAUAGGUGGGGGCGGGAAUCCGGCGACAAUUCGCCUGGAGCUGAUACCGGUCAGAAACUCUAAGGAGGGCCUUUCUGGCCCGAUGCCAGGUCCGGUGGCAACGACGAAUGUGGGCCUGAACAGAGGGCACUGAGAGAUCCUUCUCCUGAGAAGGAAACAAGGGAGGUUGGUAGCCAUACAGGCACUGGAAUGGGAGACAUCCCAGUGGCAGAUGUAGGGAGAGUAUUGUGGGCAUACUCCACCCAAGGCAACUGAGAGACCCAGGAGGUGGGGUUGGAGGAGACAAGGCAGCGUAGCGUGGAUUCCAUCUUCUGGUUGGCUCUCUCCGCCUGACCAUUAGAUUGGGGGUGAAAAUCAGAUGUUAGACUGACUGUAGCUCCAAUGGCCAAACAGAAGGACUUCCAGACAGCAGAGGUAAACUGAGGACCACGGUCGGAAACUGUCACUGGGCAACCCGUGGACCCUGAAAACCUCCCUAACCAGGAUCUCGGACGUCUCAGAGGCAGAGGGAAGCUUGGAAAUGGGCACAAAGUGGGCGAACUUGCUGAAUCUGUCCACGAUAGUCAGAAUGACCGUGUUCCCCUCAGAAGAGGGCAACCCAGUGACAAAGUCCAGGGCCAGAUGCGACCAUGGUCGCCGGGGAAUAGGGAGGGGGUGAAGAAGUCCAGAGCUGGGCCGAUUGGCACUCUUAUUCUGCGCACACACUGGACAGGCAACAACAAACCUCUGAGUAUCUUCUCCCAUGGCAGGCCACCAAAAUCGUCUGCAAAGUAACGCCAUCGUCCGAGCCACGCCAGGGUGACAAGCCAUCUUGCUGGCGUGGGACCAUUGGAGGACAGCAGAACGAACCGACUCAGGCACAAACAACCGACCGGGUGGACCGUUACCGGGACCGGGCUGCGUCCGAAGGGCCGCCAUAACCUCCUCCUCAAUCCUCCACAUAACUGCUCCCACGACACAGUUCCGGGGAAGAAUCGUCUCGGUCUUGGCCCCACUCUCCUCCGUCUUGGAGAACAUCCGGGACAAGGCGUCCGCCUUGCCGUUCUUAGACCCAGGUCAGAACGUCAGGGAAAAAUUAAAGCGUCCGAAAAACAAAGCCCACCUGGCCUGACGGGAGUUGAGACGUCUAGCCGAUUGCACGUAAGCAAGAUUCUUGUGGUCAGUCCAGACAAUAAACGGUUGCUCCGCCCCCUCCAACCAGUGGCGCGAGAAGCUCACCGCGAGAAGCUCCCGGUUACCCACAUCGUAGUUCCUCUCCGCAGACGAAAGACGACGAGAGUAGUAGGCGCAGGGAUGGAGUUUACCGUCAGUGGAGCGUCGCUGGGACAGGAUGGCGCCAACCCCCACAUCAGACGCAUCCACUUCAAUGACGAACUGACGGGCCGUGUCAGGUUGAGAGAGAAUCGGUGCGUUGGUGAAUCGCCUCUUCAAAUCCAGGAAAGCUCGGUCCGCCUCAGGAUUCCAACUGAAGGUCCUGGUACUGGAAGUCAGAGCAGUUAAAGGAGCGGCCACACGGCUGUAAUCACGGAUAAAUCUCCGAUAGAAAUUCGCUAACCCCAGAAACCUCUGGAGCUGCAAUCUCGUACCGGGCUGGGCCCAAUCCAGAACCGCCCUAACCUUCUCUUGGUCCAUCCCAAUCUCUCCCCUGGAGAUGAUGUAUCCGAGGAAGGAUGUAGUGUGGGCGUGAAAUUCACACUUCUCGGCCUUCACAAACAGGCGAUUCUCCAGCAAUCGCUGCAGAACCUGCUUGACAUGCUGGACGUGGCUGGAAGGUUCCUUCGAGAAAAUAAGAAUGUCAUCCAGGUAAACAAACACAAAAAGACCGAUCAUAUCUCCCAGGACGUCAUUCACCAUACUCUGGAACACUGCUGGAGCAUUAGUCAGUCCAAACGGCAUCACCUGAUACUCGAAGUGACCCAUCGGUGUAUUGAAACCCGUCAACCACUCGUCCCCCUCUCUGAUCCGGACCAGAUGAUACGCAUUGCGUAGGUCCAGCUUGGUGAACACAGUAGCACCCUGUAAGGAGUAGAAAGCAGAACUCAUCAAGGGCAGGGGAUACUUGUUCUUGACCGUGAUAUCAUUCAUCCCCCGAUAAUCAAUACACGGUCGAAGAGAGCCAUCCUUCUUACCCACAAAGAAGAAUCCUGCCCCCAGGGGUGAUGACGAGGGACGAAUGAGACCAGCAGCUAGGGACUCCUUGAUGUAGGUCUCCAAAGCUUCACGUUCAGGUCGGGAGAUGCUGUAUAACCGUCCCUUGGGAUAGGCAGCCCCAGGGAACAGGUUAAUGGCACAAUCAUAUGGUCGGUGGGGAGGGAGUGACAGAGCCCUCUGCUUACUGAACACUUCCCCCAACUCGUGAUAUGUUUCGGGAACCAGGGACAAAUCUGGGGGGUUAGCCUCAAUGACCUGACUGGGAACAGAAUGGGAACAGGCAGUCUUGAGGCAGUUAGCAUGACAAUCAAUGCUCCAACUAGUUACCUUGCCAGUCACCCAAUCGAACGAGGGAUUGUGUUCCUUCAGCCAGGGGUAUCCAAGGACCAGAGGAACAUGGGGAGAAGACAGAAUGAAGAAUGAGAUAACCUCAGAAUGAUUCCCUGACAACAGCAUCCUAACCGGUUCAGUCCUCAUCGUGAUACGUGCCAGACUACUGCCGUUCAGAGUGGUAGCUUCAAGGGCUUCCGGUAAUCGCUCCUUGGAAAGCCCCAGCUGUUCCACCACGUCGGCAUCAAUAAAGCUGCCAUCGGCACCUGAAUCGACGAAAACGUUAAUCGCUAAACUCUGAUUCCCGUUCAUGAGGGUAGCCGGGAAACAGGGUCUGACAGGGGUAUUGAGAGGUUGUAACUGGCUCGCUAAAAGUCCUCCCAAACUUAGCGAGCCGGGCAGUUUGACGGCCGCUGGGAACAAGUGGAGAUGUAAUGUCCCGAACUCCCACAGUAGAGGCAGCGGUUGGUCUCACGUCUAUGUUGGCGCUCCUCCUUGGUUAACCCGUGCCGCCCCACUUGCAUGGGUUCAGAAUCUGAAGGCAGGACCUCUCCACUAAUCCCGUGUGGUGGACAAUGAUCGACGCGUUCUGGUCCACCUCCUGACCCGACUGGGAACCGAGAAGCUGAUUGAUCGGACGGGCCCCAUUGCUUCUCCCUCCUUCUCUCUCGGACUCUGUUAUCCACCCGAAUAGACAAAGCUACCAAACUGUCCAGGUCACUAGGCUCCGGGUAGGAGAUCAGCUCAUCCUUGAGUUGCUCCGACAACCCCUGAUAAAAGGCCGCUUGCAGUGACUCUUCAUUCCACCCACUCUCCACAGCCAAUGUCCUGAAUUCGAUUGCGAAGUCGGCGACGCUGCGAGCUCCUUGGCGAAGAGAGAACAGGCGCUUAGCUACGUCCUUACCUCGGACUGGAUGGUCAAACAGCCUCCUCACCUCUGCCGUGAACUCCUGGUAUGACGCCAUGCAGGUGUCCUGUCGUUCCCACACGGCUGAAGCCCACUCCAGGGCUCUACCACGCAGCAAUUCAAUCACAAAGGCUGUCCUAGCCUUGUCUGUGGCGUACGUGUGGGGCUGUAGAUCGAACACUAAUCCACACUGCAUAAGAAAGGAACGGCAUCUUCCCAAAUCCCCUUCAUACUUAUCAGGCGUCGGAACCUUGGGCUCACGGAAGGGCACAGCUCCAGAAGCGGUAGGCGAAAGGGGUGAAACCGGUAGUGGAUUCUCCACCGGCAACCUGAGCUGAGCCUGGAGCUUCGUCAGACUGGUCGAAAAGUUCCGAACUGACAACGCUAUCUCCUGUAGCGCCGUGCUGUGUUGUCCCAACAUCCUUUCCUGAUGGGUAAUGGCAUGGCGAACAGAGUCCAGGUCCGCUGGGUUCAUUUCUGGCCGGAUCGUUCUGUCACGGUUUUCUAAGCCAGAACCCAGAAGCAGACCAGGACAAGGUGAGUUGAACGAAGGUGAGUAUUUAUUAACAGAUCCAAAAAACGAUGCAGAAUAAUCCAGGGAACAGAGCGGGUGGCGGAGAUGAGUUGGUGGAGGUGAAGUGGCAGAUCCAAUGAUGGCUCGGCAGCCGCCGACAACCAGGCAGGGGUUGGGUGAAGGUUCCGGGAGAAUGACUGUAGACAGAAACAAACGGAGGUAAGUACACGGCAAGCCAACAAGGUGCAAAACAACAAAACUAACGCUAGUAACUCAGAGGCUGAUACGCUGACAAACAUACUGUUCAUGGCUAACGAUCCGGCAGGGAAUGGAUGUCAGGUCAGAGCUUAUGAAGGGUGAUGAUCAGGACCAGGUGUGCCGAUAGCUGAUGAGAUGCAGGUGCGGGUAAUCGGGAGAUCUCCCGCCUAGCAACGUCGCCCGGCAACCAGGCAGGGAGCGUUCAAGAACCUUCAGGAAACAGGAGAUUCAGAGCAGAAAAACGGCAACACAGGCAGGAACCGACUCAGGACGCAGGGUUCAUGACAUAAACAAAUAAUUUAUGCUCUGACUGAACGACUCAAAAACUCUGCAGCUUAUGCUCUAACAAAUGGACAUUAGCUGUGAAGGCCGAGAUGCAUUGACUUUUGUUCGCUACAUGUCGGGGGAUGUUAUUCACGAGGACAUAUUGUUCUGUCUCACGAUUCCCAAGCAUGAAACGGCAUAGGGGAUGUUCAGUGUGCUGUGUGGCUAUAUUGACGAAAAACAGAUUCCAUGGGAUCGAAUUGUGGGCUUUUGCACCGAUGGGGCUCCAUCUAUGGCGGGAGGCGGGCAGGCCUCUGCACUCUAGAGCGAGAGCAAGUGGCGGCAAAAGAGUAUAUAUGCAGUAUAUUGCAGCAGGUAACUGUGCGCACCGAUGUUCACAAAACUAUGUGGAGAUAUGGGAUCAGAGCACGACAAUGUUCUAUUUCACACCGAGGCUUGGUUGUUAUCGAAUGGGAGUGUUGGAAAGAUUUUUCGCAUUGAGAGAGGAACUGUUGUCUUUCACAAUAGAUGUAAAACAAACAGACUUGGUUGACUUUCUGUGUAAUAAAAAGAAAAUAACAGAAAACAGCAUCAGUAAGUGUCCCACACGUGUGAUGACUGCUCACCUCCAACGCUUGGAAGAGCAUUUUGGGACCUACUUUCCAAUCCGUUUGACUGUGAUCCUGGCUCAGUUGACAUGGCGGUGAGUGAAAUCAAACAGCUGAUCUAGUUGUCAUGUGACCGAAUGCAUUCACGGGUCACUACAAAGGAGUUUUGGUUCCUGACUCAAAGGGAAUACCCUGCCGUCUCCCUCUGAGCAUUAAUGCCGCAUUCAAAACAACUGGGAACUGGGAACUCGUAAAUCUCCGACUUCCGACUUCAGUGCGUUCAAGACAACUGGGAACUCGGAAAGAAAUGAGCUCCGACUGGGAAAAACGGUCAUCCAACUCGGAAUUCCAACUCGGGAAAUCUGGCCUCUUUCUAGAGCUCUGACUUUCCGACCUAAAGAUCAAUGACGUCAUGAUUUGACCUUGUAUUUUUCCGAGUUCCCAGUUAUCUUGAAAGCACCAUAAAACUCAUGGUAGGCUAUAUCUGUGUGAAGCCGGAUUCAGUGCUCUCGUCUGAAUUAAAACCAAAUAUCGAUCCAGGUUGGAUAUGACAGCAGAGAUGAGGUGUGCAUUGUCGACCCAGACUUUGAGAAGCUCCGACGCAACAUGCAUCAAGCACACCCAUCUCAUUAGUGGUGAGAUAAGAUACAUUAUGUCAGACUAAUUUGCAAUUGACUGUCUUAGCCCCACAUUAAAAGUAUGUGAUGGUGAGUGGAGAAGACAAUCAGAAAUACUGUUAGAAUGUUUUUCAAUUGACUGUCAUAGCCCCAAAUAAAAAAAUUUACAUUGGCUGUUAAGUACAGUGAGGGAAAAAAGUAUUUGAUCCCCUGCUGAUUUUGUACGUUUGCCCACUGACAAAGACAUGAUCAGUCUAUAAUUUUAAUGGUAGGUUUAUUUGAACAGUGAGAGACAGAAUAACAACAAAUAAAUGCAGAAAAACGCAUGUCAAAAAUGUUAUAAAUUGAUUUGCAUUUUAAUGAGGGAAAUAAGUAUUUGACCCCCUCUCAAUCAGAAAGAUUUCUGGCUCCCAGGUGUCUUUUAUACAGGUAACGAGCUGAGAUUAGGAGCACACUCUUAAAGGGAGUGCUCCUAAUCUCAGCUUGUUUCCUGUAUAAAAGACACCUGUCCACAGAAGCAAUCAAUCAAUCAGAUUCCAAACUCUCCACCAUGGCCAAGACCAAAGAGCUCUCCAAGGAUGUCAGGGACAAGAUUGUAGACCUACACAAGGCUGGAAUGGGCUACAAGACUGCCAAGCAGCUUGGUGAGAAGGUGACAACAGUUGGUGCGAUUAUUCGCAAAUGGAAGAAACACAAAAUAACUGUCAAUCUCCCUCGGCCUGGGCCUCCAUGCAAGAUCUCACCUCGUGGAGUUGCAAUGAUCAUGAGAACGGUGAGGAAUCAGCCCAGAACUACACGGGAGGAUCUUGUCAAUGAUCUCAAGGCAGCUGGGACCAUAGUCACCAAGAAAACAAUUGGUAACACACUACGCCGUGAAGGACUGAAAUCCUGCAGCGCCCGCAAGGUCCCCCUGCUCAAGAAAGCACAUAUACAGAACUGGGUGAAAGUGUUGUGGUCAGAUGAGACCAAAAUCGAGCUCUUUUUGCAUCAACUCAACUCGCCGUGUUUGGAGGAGGAGGAAUGCUGCCUAUGACCCCAAGAACACCAUCCCCACCGUCAAACAUGGAGGUGGAAACAUUAUGCUUUGGGGGUGUUUUUCUGCUAAGGGGACAGGAUAACUUCACCGCAUCAAAGGGACGAUGGACGGGGCCAUGUACCGUCAAAUCUUGGGUGAGAACCUCCUUCCCUCAGCCAGGGCAUUGAAAAUGAGUCGUGGAUGGGUAUUCCAGCAUGACAAUGACCCAAAACACACGGCCAAGGCAACAAAGGAGUGGCUCAAGAAGAAGCACAUUAAGGUCCUGGAGUGGCCUAGCCAGUCUCCAGACCUUUAUCCCAUAGAAAAUCUGUGGAGGGAGCUGAAGGUUUGAGUUGCCAAACGUCAGCCUCGAAACCUUAAUGACUUGGAGAAGAUCUGCAAAGAGGAGUGGAACAAAAUCCCUCCUGAGAUGUGUGCAAACCUGGUGGGCAACUACAAGAAACAUCUGACCUCUGUGAUUGCCAACAAGGGUUUUGCCACCAAGUACUAAGUCAUGUUUUGCAGAGGGGUCAAAUACUUAUUUCCCUCAUUAAAAUGCAAAUCAAUUUAUAACAUUUUUGACAUGCGUUUUUCUGCAUUUUUGUUGUUGUUAUUCUGUCUCUCACUGUUCAAAUAAACCUACCAUUAAAAUUAUAGACUGAUCAUGUCUUUGUCAGUGGGCAAACGUACAAAAUCAGCAGGGGAUCAAAUACUUUUUUCCCUCACUGUACAUACUUUUUUUCACAUUGUUGGGGUCGCGAGAAUUUUCAGAUAUCAAAAUGGGGUCUUGGGCCAAAAGAGUUUGGGAACCCCUGCUGUAGACACUGCUUGACAUGUGUGCGCCCCCCUCCACUCAGAGCCCCAGCCCCCCCGCGGCCCCGCCCGUGCCCUGCUGACCUGGCAGGUGACCCAGAGGAAGAUGCCCUGGAGCAUUGUACUGCUGCUAGGAGGAGGCUUCGCACUGGCUAAGGGAAGCGAGGUGUGUGUGUGUGUGUGUGUGUGUGUGUGUGUGCGUGCGUGCGUGCGUGCGUGUAUGUGUGUCCAUGUGUGUGUGUGUAUGUGUGUCCAUGCGUGUGUGUAUGUGUGUCCAUGCGUGUGUGUAUGUGUGUCCAUGCGUGUUUAUAAGCUUCAAUAUGUGUGUGUGUAUCCAUCUAGAUGUCUGGUCUGUCGCGGUGGCUGGGUGAUCAGAUGAUGCCUCUCAGCUCUAUCCCUCCCUGGGCCAUCGCUGUCAUCCUCUGUCUCCUCAUCGCCACCUUCACUGAGUGUGCCAGCAACGUGGCUACCGCUACACUCUUCCUGCCCAUCCUCGCCUCCAUGGUACACACACAACCUCUCUUUCUCCCCCUCUCUCUCACACAGACACUCCCUCGCGCCCUCAUUCUCGGAUCAAGUUUCCUCUUGAUAAAAUUGGAAUGUACUGAAUAGAGCUUGUCAAUAGGGGAUCUGAGCCAGGCCUAUCACUGAAGAGGUUCUCAGAGAGAGAGAGAGAGAAAGAGAGAGGUUAUUUGCACUAAUAGGUCACAUUAGAGGCCAGACAGUGAGACUGUAGCAGCACUGUGUAGAGCUCUCAGCUCUGUUGAUUCAGUAAAGAGAAGCUUUGAUAACUGAGCCAGCACAGAGCCACAUGCACAGACACUCUUAUUCAUCCUAUUCACAUCCACAUUACAGGAUAGUACUACUUGUAUAUGUACUUGUGUGUGCUCAUGUCCAUGCAUUCGUAUGUACGUAAGUGCGAGUGUGUGUUGGUUAAUAUGUGUGUGUUCUAUUGCAGUCCCAGACCAUAGGGGUGAACCCACUGUAUGUGAUGGUACCCUGCACCCUCAGUGCCUCCUUUGCCUUCAUGCUGCCUGUGGCCACGCCUCCUAACGCCAUCGUGUUCUCUUAUGGAUACCUAAAGGUGUCAGACAUGGUGAGAGACCUUGGCUAUCCACCCUCACCGCCAUCCCCUCAACCUACCACCACCUCAACUCUAACCCCCUCUCUCUCCUACAGGCUAAAACGGGUAUAGUGAUGAACAUCAUAGGGAUCCUGUGCAUCACUCUGGCCAUUAACAGCUGG